CAACAAUCCAUCAAGACCUAUAUCAGCCAUUAUUUUUCACACUUCAAACGAUGACUGCCAGCACUGCUACUUCGUCGCUCUGCAUCAAGCACACCCUCGCCAACUUUGUUGUCCGCGCCUUCAUGGGCGGCCGCCCUGCUUCCACACUACAUACUGUGCAUUCUACCCCAUGCAGCUCGUCUGCACGCUCGGCCUGCACAUCACCCCAGCCCUCCGCCCUGCAAGUGUGCACCGGUGCCCUUUAUGAUGUGGCAGCAAUUGCAGCUCGCUCAGUGACAGUGCUCGCCCUGCUUGCAUCUGCUGUGCUUUCCAAGCCUCCACCACGUGCCAAUCCCGGCACCCGGCAGGUCAUGCCGAUAAGCAGCACGCGUGGUAGCCGCAGGCUGCCGACUGUCGCCGACCUGGAUCAGCGGCUGCCAGUGCUCUCACUAGCCAAAUCAAGCAACCCCAAACACCGGGAAAUGUGUUUGGAGAAGUGCCCGAUUUGCCUCGACUGCGUUGGAGAAUGCACAAAGGUGCGCGUUCUUCCCUGCAAGCACUAUUAUCAUGCGGAAUGCAUUGACAGCUGGGCCACAACGCAGUCGACCCGUUGUCCUAUGUGCAAAGCUGACUGCAUGGAAUUUUGAGCACCGCUGAUGCCACACCCUCUUCCCUCCUUCCCUCCUUCCUUUCUAUUCAAGCCAUGUAUAUGAUUAAUUGUUCAAACUCGUCUCACUCCUCUUCGCCCUGUUCAGUCUAUUGCUGUUGGAACAUCUAAUACAAUGUAUCCC